UCUAGAAUAGACUUGGAUGAGUUAAUGAAAAAAGAUGAGCCACCACUUGAAUUUCCUGAUACUCUGGAAGGAUUUGAGUACUUUUUUAAUGAAAAAGGACAAUUAAGACACAUAAAAACUGGGGAACCGUUUGUGUUUAAUUACCGUGAAGAUUUGCACAGGUGGAACCAAAAGCGCUAUGAAGCUCUUGGAGAGAUCAUUACUAAAUAUGUUUAUGAAUUACUGCAGAAAGAAUGCCACUUGAAGAAAGUAACUCUCCCAGUUGAUGCUACUGACAGUGAACCAAAGAGCUUUAUCUUUAUGAGUGAAGAGGCAUUAAUAAAUCCUGACAAGCUGCUGGUCCUGAUUCAUGGUAAAGGUGUGGUCAGAGCUGGUCAGUGGGCUAGGAGACUUAUAGUUAAUGAAGAUCUGGACAGUGGCACACAGAUACCAUAUAUAAAGCGAGCUAUUGAG